UAAUAAUGAGCGCUUAAAAAUUUUAAUCGCUUUUAUUCCCCUAUCAGAAUCAGGGGGAAAUGUCAUAGUUGUGGUAUGACAGCACUGUCGCGCGAAUUAAUUUUCAUUCCUUGUCGCUUGUUACGUUCGUGUUGUUGCUAUAGUGCGGAUCCUCAAAAUUUUAAAGUAAAAUUGGGAUAUCUUUACAUAAAAAAUAUUCAAAUUAAAAAUAAGUAGUGUUACUUAAAUAGAAGGAACCAUAAAAAGUGCAAUAAGAACUUGUUUUAAUAACUUUUGUAACAUAAACAAGUGUAUCCAAAUAUAAAAAAGGUUAGGUGACAAGAAAAGUGUGGAAGGGAUAACGUAUAAAAAUCACGUACCAGCUAAUGCAAAGAACCUUGAUGUUAAAAGAAGGGAAUACGCAGAAGUAGGAGAGAAUUUAGCGUAUCCAAAGGACUGAAAACCAGGAAAAAUACUUGCCUCAAACGAUCGCACAGUUAAAAUUCACCUGAAAUAAAAAUUUGUAUUGAGAAAUCACAAACUUGUGCAAAUUUGUGACUAUAAUAAUUAAUUGAACAUUAAGUUUCAAAUAUAUAAUUUUAAGUACAUAUAAUCAAGAGUGUAUCUACAAUAAGCUGUUUGCCAUACCAAUAACAACAAGUACCCUCUCUUUCUUUGAGCGAAAAAUUCCAAACUUCCUGCAUAAAGGAAGAGAUUUAUCACUGCCGUGAAAAUGCAGAUCUCGUGCAAAUGUUUGAAUUUCAUAGCCACCACUAAUAGUCAGGCGGCUAACAACAAUGUUGGUAUCAUUAGUGUUAAUAGCAACAAUGGAACAGCAACAGCUGAUGCACACGCAAAUCGAAACCCAUCGGCUGGUAAUAAUGCGACAACAGCCCAUCCAGAUGAGGAUAGUAGCAUGCCACUAGCGCAACAAUCUAUCGCCGGCAGUAAUAAUGCCGGUAAUGGCAACAACAAUGCAAACAAUUUGUGCACUACAUUAAUGGAAGCGUUUCUGCAGCGUUUUCCACGAACAUUCAUCUUUUAUUCACAGUGCAUGGAGUUCUUUAAGCAGGCGAUUGGUCCCAUUACGGAUCUCAACAUCCAUACGCUGAGUCAGCGCGAUCUAGUUUAUAGUAUAACCUUGGAAGUGCCAACCGGGCAAGAGCACCCGCUAACCCAUUCAUGGCAGCUUAGCAUCUGCAUUAAUUGCAAUGCUGCACUUUGUGCCAAGCGUCUUCCCACGCCGAUACUAAGCACGACUACAAGCGGUAUACCUGCACCACUUACAAUUAACCCACCGCAAUUCCUUAUUAAUUGUUCGCUACUGAUGAACAAUGACGAGUUGGCACUUAGGCGUGCUAGCAAAUCAUUUUCGGACACAUUUGGCCUGCUCAUAAUGGAUCAUCCGCAAUUGCAGCUGGAUCAGGCGAAUACGGGUCCGUUGUCGAAUUUCUCGAUCGGUUCGUUAUCGACAACAACGCCGUCGUUUCAGUUAGACAUAAAACAGCAACGAUUACGUCAACUGCAACAAAACUUGCAGCAGCGACUCAAGCGCGAAAUAGCCGAAACGGAUGAGCGUAUACAACGUUAUACAGAACAACAGUUUGCUUUGUUAAAGAGCUUCCGAGAUAAAUCCGAGCAGGAGUAUGUAUUACUUGGGCGCUUAAUUCAACGUGUGCCUGAGCAACAGGCUAUCGAGUUUUUAGAUCGUUUGCCGCCAUCAUUGGAGGUAAUUGGUGGUGGUAGUUAUGUGACGCGUCGUCGUAAUACGAUUAGCAGUCGUCUCGACAUGACGUCCAUUACGACGCCCUCAACGCCCAGUACACCAAACCCCGUGAUGAGUGGCUUGCAUAUGCUUUCACUGCCGUUGGCCACAACGGCAUCUACAACAGCCAGUGCCAUGGAUACAACAAAUACUCAGGGAACCGCUGCUUCAACAGCACUCACACCAACAACAACGACAUCAGUGUUGGCCACGACAAUUGUCGGCAGCAAUAGUGUCAAUCGUCGAGUGUCUAACUUUGAUACACCACCGGCGACACCCGAAGCCACACCGAUGAGUGUAGGGAAUAGUCCCACCUUUCGACCGCAGCAACAACAACAACAACAACCGUUGUCGUUGUCACAACAACAAUUUGUACGCAUUGCGGCCAAUUCCUUCCAGCAACAGUUCCCCACGCCAACAGUCGAGGUGGCAGAUGAUUGUCUUUUCGAAUUGGAAGGCAUAGAUAGUGGUGGCUCUACAAAUGUACCCGUCAGCACGCCAUAUGGUGCGCUGGUGUCAAACUUGUCACAAAAACUGCCAUAUCAACAGCAGCAACGACCCUUAAAUAAUCACUCACACCCGCACUAUCAUCAGCAUCACCAUUCGCACGGUAGAGACAUGAGCGACGUGGACGAAAGUGAAGAUGACGCCGGCGAGGCGGAAGUUGCUCUUGAUUUGGACAAUAUAGUGCCCAUACCGAUGGGUACACGCCCAGUCAUCGGCGGGCAACAGCGACCAAGUACAGCUACUGCAGCCGAUGUUAUGAACUUUGCCAAGAGUUUGCCAAUUGAGAUAGCAAAUUCGCCAAUGACUGCUGGACGCUCGUAUGUAAAUGUGCUCGAAGAAGAUGAAUUGGACAAUACAGUCGACAUUGCUGCGAGCAUCAAAGCGCUGGCCAAAAGCGUGCAUGGCGAAGCCGUGUUUGGCGAUUUGCCACGCCCACGUUUGCGUUCGCAAAUUUAAGGCACACAAGUACACAAUAAACUUACACAUGCAUAUGUAUUUCCUUGAACUAUACUAGUUUGCUCAAAGAAGAGAAGAAAUUAAGUUAAAGUGCUUGAAUUAUAAACUUACACAUACAUACAUGCAUACAGACAUAUUACUUAUAUGUAUAAAUAACCACAACGUAUAUUUACAUAACCACGUACAUACAUGCAUACGAUAGAAUAUUAGAUAUGCAUAUGUACGACUACGACUACAUACAUAUAAGUAACUUACUCCUAUUCUAGCAGCGUAAUAACUAUUUGUCAUCAUUCGAUGUAACUGAUUAUUUUAAGAAAAGAAAAUAUAAUACUAAAAAGAAACUAAAGUUUGACAACAGUUUCGCCGGUGUGUAAUGUGCGAUGUGCAGGAAACCCAGUUCAGUUGAACCUCCGCUUAACUAACCAUUCUAUUUAAAAAAUUUAAGAAGCAAAGCGGAUAAUAUUCGAGAAAGUUAUUUGCAUAUUAUGUUCGUUUCAAACUAAUUUAAUAGCUUUAGUGUGUGCAGAUUAAUUUUUAUUUUUUACGUAGGGGUUUCACUAAUAAACAAACAUUUACAAUGUUCUUAUAAACUUAAGCCUAUUUUCAUAAAUUAUUAUGUGGCAAAUCAUUAUAAUGAAUUCGAGUUUAAUUUGACUUUUAAUUUGUAAUAGCUUUAAGUUUAUGUUUUUAUACACUUUCUCAUAAAAUUAAUGUGGAUCAUGAACCACUCAAAACGAAAGAAAAUUUUGAAUAUGCAUAUAUCAAGUUCAUACACAUUUUCGUAAAGGCACCUUAAGGGGUAACACCACUGUAGAAAUUUCAAAAAAUUGAUUUUUUUUUUAUAAGCUUAAAAAAUUCUUUGAACCUUUUAAAAUACAGAACAAAAAGUUGUAUACGUUACCGAAGUUUAUUUCAUAAAUAUUUUAAGCUUUUAACCAAGCGUUAGUGACUGCUACCUAACGAUUUCUCCAAAUUUCCAAACUUUAAACGCGUUUUUCUCAAAACACGUUUUCUGAAAUUGGCACGCAGCAUAACUCAAACAAUUUUAAAUAUUUUUAAUCAGGUUUUUCACUACGUCUGUAUAAUAACCUUCUUAAGAGAAGAGCGUAGGGGAUUUUCGAUAGAUUAAUUUAAACGAUUGUUAUAAUUAUUUAAGUGCCGUUUUUUUAGUCCAAAAUAGAGUAUUUUCCUUCAAAUGCUUGCUAAUUCCACAAAAAUAAAUAUUUUUUAAAUCCCCUACGUGUUUCUCUAGCUAUUCUUAACUAGAUUAAGAAAAAAAAAUUUCCUUGUUCCAGAUUAAAAUUUGCACCCUCUGUGCUGCGUGCCGCGGAGCUCCUUCCAGAGAAACCACAUUACAAAAAUGUCUCCAAUGCCGCCAUUUUGUAAAAUUUUUCGAUCAAACUUUGUAGUUUUGUAUUUUAGUAUAUAAGUAAUAACUUCUCAAAUCAGAGUGAUUGUUUUCCUUUUCUUUCUACACAAAAAAAUUCUUUAAAAAUCGUGUUUAUUUUACGCGUGUAGAGUGGUGUUACCCCUUAAGCCAUUUGACCGAAACGUUUGUUAAAUUUAAUUACCAAUCAAGCAUGUUGAAGCAUGUUUGCUCUUUUCCAGACAAAAAAUUUUCAGAUUUAAGAACAAUUUUCAUGUUACAACAAUACUUAUUUCAAUUUUUAAUCGACGCUUAACUUGCAUAAAAAUGAAUGUAAGCGAAAUUUCAAUAACGCCUUUGUUAAAACAAGAAUUAUAUUGUGUUACGUUAUAUUCCCAUAUACAUAUACAAACAUAUGAAAGUAAUGUACAUAUGUAUACAAUGCAUAUGCACAUGUAUAAUAAUAAUUCAAUAAUUCAUAUAAUAAAAAAUGGUCUUUUCUAUGCUUGUUUACAUAUACAUAUGCCUUAAAAAUAUCUGUGCAAAUAAUGCACAAAUUGGACAAGGAUGUUGUUCACUACAUAUUUGCGCUACUAUGAUCACCUUUACACAUUUACAUACCUAUGCUGCAUGCUGAGAAAAAUAAUGUACCGUUAAUGUGCUCGCUUACACUCUUUGUAAUAAUAUACAUAUUUUCAUACGAACAUGUUUUGUUUUGAUAACAUCCAAUUGUUGUUUCAUCUUAAAUACGUCGCGCUUAUGAAUGCAUUGUAUUCGCAUGGAUUCGAUAAACCGUCUAUUCAUACUUAUUUACUGUAAAAUCGAUUGUACCAUAGUACGAGAUUUGCUGUUAAAAAUAAAACAUUUUUAUAUGCA